AGGUGGCGUCGACCGUGCCCGUGUCCGGUAAGCGCGCGUGCACGAAUCAGAUAUGGUACUUUUUCCUGAAAGUGCCUGCUGGAGGCGAAGCGCAGUGCGAGACUUGUGGAGUUGUUUUGAAGACGCCUUCUGGUACCACAACGACACUUGUCAGCCACUUGAAGAGACACCCAGGCAAGUACAAAGAGUACUCGAAAUUGCAUCAACUUUACAGUUUUCCAAAAAAGAAAAGUGAACCAAAGGGGCUGUCAUCGCAGGCGACCGUGACCAACUUGUUUAAGCCGACACUUCAGCCGUCAUCGGUAAAAGCGCAAGAGAUGACGAAGAAGAUUGCAGCAUUCAUUGCCCGUGACCUGAAGCCGUACAGCGUGGCCGAGGAACCAAGCUUCAUCGAGAUGAUGCGCUGCGCAAUUCUGGAGUAUGUCGUUCCGUCGCGGAAGACCUUUUCACGAACGGUCAUUCCGAAUUUGUACACGGCCAAAGAAGAUGAAUUGAAGAAGCGCAUUAGGGCCGUAUUUGAUGAUGGUGGUGCUGAGUGCUUCACUUUAACAACGGAUGGGUGGACAUCGAGGGCCGGUGACGGCUACGUGUGUUACGGCCCACAUGAUGGAUCGCGACUUUACGCAGCACGCAUACGCCCUCGCCUGCAAACCAAUGCUGCAGGAGCAUACUGGAGAAAACAUAGUUCAGUUUCUCCGAGACGUGAUCAAAGAGAGGGGUCUGCCCGACAACAUCCCAACUUUUGUCAUUACCGACAACGGCAGGAACUUUGUUUCAGCUGUUGCCAAAUGCAACUGGUCAGGACUUCUCUGCUUUGCACAUACCCUGCAGCUGUGCAUAAAUGACGCCAAAAGAGAAGUGGCAUGUUUUUCCCAGCUUUGUGCGAAAUGUCGAUCGAUUGUAGAUCGCUACAAAAGAAGCGCGUGUGCGCGUGCACGGCUUAUGGACAUACAAAAGGACAUGCACAUGGCCCAGCAUGAAGUGAUUCAUGAUGUUCUCACACGCUGGAACAGCGAGUACGCCAUGAUGGAGAGACUCGCCGGACUUCGUGCCCCAAUUUCAGUUGAACUUUGCGAUUCUGAUGUGGACAACUUAAGCUCCAGAGAAUGGAAAUUAAUGGCUGCGACCGUAAAAGUGUUGCAGCCUCUGGACCAAGCAACGACAGAGCUGUGUGCGGAUCGCUAUCUCUCGCUUUCCCAAGUGAUACCUCUCAUGCAUUGUACCCAAGUGGUGCCACAUGAGCAUGUGUCUGAAGGCGAGGAAGCGGCAUCGUUUGCAAGGAGCCUUCUGCGCAGUUUUUCCACAAGGUUCCCUGGCUUUAAAAUGGCAAAUGUUCCGGCAAAUGUGAUGCUAGUUGACCCUUGCUACAAAGACAUUUGCUACACUGAAGACAGUCAAAAAAAGUGGGCAAAAGCCACACUUGCAGCUGCAGCAAAUGAGCUAAUGCCAGCCCAAAACGAUUGUGCCCGGGCACAUGUCUGCCCAGCCAUAGAGAAGCCUCCAGCUAACACUCUUUGGAGUGUUUUUUUCUUCAUUAACCUCUAAUGUACUGCAAGACAACGCGCACAAAAGUGUCCCUUCUCAAGUGGCAGAAUACUUGGGCACCCCUGUGCUUCCCCGGUCAGAAAACCCUUUGGAGUGGUGGGGAAGACCCAUGGCAGCCGACUGUACCCAGCACUGGCCAAGGAGUGAGAGGCUGUUUUCAACAGCAGGGAAUGUGGUCAGCAGCUGGCGGGAACUGCUGCUCCCAGACCAUAUGGAGCAGCUGGUAUUUUUGCUUGAAAACUUGUGAAUGCAGUAAAAAAAAAAAAAAGUGUGAGAUUUGUGAAUAAAAUUCACCAGUUAACAAUUUUAAAUUUCACAAAAUGCUGUGCCUACAUGAGUUCUAAUUCUUUAAAAAAAUUGUGUAAAUUAGUCGGGCCAUGAGAAAAAUGCUAAUUUUUCUUUAUAAUAUGCGAUGUACACUAUUCAAACAAUUCGAUUCGAAAUUAUUCAGCCAAAUCGUUAUUUGCUUCCGACAUCAAAUCCACUAUUCACCCAUCCCUACAGUUUUUUAAUACAACCAAGCGUGCUAUAUACUGUUUUGGUGCUUUUACUUUCGAUAGGAUUCUGCUCUCAGACCUGCUUCUAUAUUUUUAUCUGUGUGCUGUCUUAUGCUAGUAGUCUAACAAAUGUGACUGAUUCUGAAUAUGCUUUGGAGUACCGCAUGUUUUAUUAUUUCAGCUAUAUAGUCAAAUGCCUCUACAACAAAAUGACUCGUGGAACGAAGGGUUCCUUAUGUCCCUGCUACAUUGCGAGUGUCAUGAUGCACGACUUUUACAGCAAAGUGACCCAAAUAACUAAGUGUAUUAUUUUGAACUCCCAGGCCCUGUCUGAUAAACACACUUGACUGUACUCAAAGCAGCGUGCAGCCCUCACUGUUGCAAGACUUGUUUUUGGUCAUUUAUUCUUUGCAUUAAU